AUGUUUUGUUUCUGUUUUCUAGAGGAAAUAAAAGACCCAAGCAAGAAUAUUCCUCGCAGUGUAGUAGCAGCCGUAUGUGCCGUGAUUGCCUUUUACUUACUGGUGAACAUUUCAUACCUCACUGUCCUGACACCUAAUGAGCUUAUAUCCUCAGCUGCUGUCUCAAUUACCUGGGCUGAUAGAAUGAUCCCAUCAUGGUCCUGGAUUAUGCCUGUCUCAGUGGCCUUCUCCAUAUUCGGUUCUCUCAAUGGUUGCAUGUUUAUGCUCGGGAGGUUAAAUUAUGCCGGCAGCAAAGAAGGACAUUUGCCGUCACUCGUCUCCAUGCUCCAUGUCCGUUACUUGACUCCAGCUCCAGCGAUGAUUAUCUCCACACUGAUAGGAUGCAUAUUUGUCAUACCUUCCGACCUCCUCUCAUUAACCAAUUACUUCAGCUUUUGCUCGAGGCUCCUGAUUGGACUAACUUGUACUAGCCUGAUUGUUCUUCGCUUCAAGGAGCCCAACCUGGAGCGCCCAUACAAGGUCUUUCUUCCUCUUGCCUUUAUUGUUGUUGGAGUGUCGGCUUUUCUGGUCCUGGCUCCCAUCGUACAGAAUCCAAAAGUGCAGUAUUUUUAUGUUUUGCUGUUUAUGUUCAGCAGCAUCAUUGUCUAUAUUCCCUUUGUCCAUUUCAAACUGAAAAUCCCAUACAUUGAUAAAAUUACUUGCUAUCUACAGUUACUGCUUGAGGUUUCCCCAACUGAUAUCUUUGAAGAUUCCAAAAUGAAAUAA